CAGUCAUGGACAGUAGCUGCCUCAACGCGACCACCAAAAUGCUAGCGACGGCUCCAGCUCGGGGCAACGUGAUGAACACAUCCAAACCCUUGGCUUUCUCCAUCGAACGAAUCAUGGCGCGCACCCCCGAGCCCAAGGCCCUGCCGGUCCCCCACUUCCUGCAGGGAGCCGUGCCCAAAGGAGACCCCAAGCACUCCUUGCACCUCAACUCGUCGAUCCCCUGCAUGAUCCCUUUCGUCCCCGUGGCGUACGACCCUAGCUCCAAAGCCGGAGCGACUGGCUCCGAGCCCCGCAAGGCCAGCCUGGAGGCUCCGGCGCCGCCCGCGGUGGCACCCUCCGCGCCGGCGUUCAGCUGCAGCGACCUGCUCAACUGCGCGCUAAGUCUCAAGGGCGACCUGGCCCGCGACGCGCUGCCCCUGCAGCAGUACAAGCUGGUAAGGCCGCGUGUGGUCAACCACUCUUCGUUCCACGCCAUGGGCGCCCUGUGCUACCUGAACCGAGGUGAUGGUCCGUGCCACCCGGCUGCGGGCGUGAACAUCCACCCCGUGGCCUCCUAUUUUCUCAGUUCCCCUUUGCACCCACCGCCAAAAACGUAUUUAGCCGAAAGGAAUAAACUGGUUGUCCCCGCGGUGGAGAAGCUCCCUUCGGGUGUAGCUUUCAAAGACCUGUCCCAGGCUCAGCUGCAGCAUUACAUGAAAGAAAGCGCCCAACUUUUGUCAGAAAAAAUUGCAUUCAAAACCUCGGAUUUCAGCCGCGGCUCUCCUAAUGCCAAACCCAAAGUUUUCACUUGCGAAGUCUGCGGAAAGGUCUUUAAUGCACACUAUAACUUAACCCGUCACAUGCCGGUGCACACAGGAGCAAGACCCUUCGUUUGCAAAGUGUGUGGGAAAGGUUUCCGGCAAGCCAGCACUCUUUGCAGGCAUAAGAUCAUUCACACGCAGGAAAAACCUCACAAAUGCAACCAGUGCGGGAAAGCAUUUAAUAGAAGUUCCACGUUAAACACACAUACCCGGAUCCACGCGGGCUACAAACCAUUCGUGUGUGAAUUCUGUGGCAAAGGAUUUCAUCAAAAAGGGAACUACAAAAACCACAAGCUGACCCACAGCGGGGAGAAGCAGUUCAAGUGCAAUAUCUGCAACAAGGCUUUCCACCAGGUGUACAACCUCACCUUCCACAUGCACACGCACAACGACAAGAAACCCUUCACCUGCCCCACGUGCGGCAAGGGCUUCUGCAGGAACUUUGACCUCAAGAAGCACGUUCGCAAGCUGCACGACAGCAGCCUGGGGCUGACCCGCACUCCGACUGGGGAGCCAGGCAGCGAUCCGCCGCCGCCCCAGCUGCAGCAGCCGCCGCCUGCACCUCUGCCGCCAAUGCAGCCGACGUUGCCGCCUUCAGGGCCUCUGCAACCCGGGCUGCACCAAGGCCACCAGUGAUGGAGGCCAAAGAUCCCCCUGCACCCCAGCGGGAGGGCCCCCAAUGCGGAGGUGGGCAGACCAGGGUGGACCUCUUGGUCUAGGCUCUGCUGCAAAAAACUGGGGCCCGUUGGGCCCCUCACUUCUGAGCGGACCAGAAGCCUCUACAUUCCUUGGCCUUUCGCCUUUUGCAUGCACCUGCUAAAUGGUUUUGUGUAUUAUAUUCUAUAUUGGCACUAACAAUUAUGAUACAUUUGGAGGGGCUUAUUUCAAUUUUUUUUAAGUUGAAAGACUUUUUUCAUCUCGGGUGGAGAGAUGGUGUUUGUUUUUUUGUUUUGUUUUUAAGCAAAUAUCUGCUGUAUUUAUUGAGGUCUGUAUUAUUCUACUCGGGAAUGCUGCACCAUUUUAAUUUUAUUAUUGUAUAUAUUUCCAUUGUGUCGAUUCUGCUGUCUCAAAAUGCCUGCUGAUUGUUUAUAAUUUUUUUCCUUCCCUGAAGCAACAAAACAUGGUGUGUAUGUUCUAUAUACACACAGAUGUGUGUGCCCGUGAAGGCACGUUCAACGUUUGUGAGCACAUACAUAUACACACAUACA